AUGUCGAUGUCCUUUGCCCAGACCUAUAUCCUCGCCCUGAAGGUGCGCCUGAAGUUGACCCACGACGCCGGCGCCCUGAACGUGCUGUUGCGACGGCUCGUCGUUCAGGCGAACAUGCUUGAUACGCUCAUGGACCUGAUCGCCGAGCAGCAGCUGGCGAAGCACCACGCGCCCGUGAUCGAGCCCGUCGCCGAGGACCGCACCGAGGUUACCACCUACGAAGUGGAGUCCGACGACGACGACGACGACGACGACAUCUACUACGACUCGUCCGAAUACGACCUGGAGCUGGACGACGACUGGGACGACAGCUGCGCCCCGUCGGAGCUCGCGCUGCUCGCGAAGCUGGUGUUUGACUACCAGUACCCGGUGGUGGUGGACCACGAAAUUGACGUCAACGACGACGACGCCGACGACGAGCUCCCGGCGUUAGAACAGUGCCACCUGCUGAGCGACUCCGAGGACGAGUUGGCCGAGGUGGUGGCGCCGCUGCCGGUGAUGUUGCACGAUAAUGCCGCGGCGAUCGCGCGGAAGCCGCUGGUGGCGGCGGCGGCGCUGCAUCCGCUCCACCACCGCAACCACGCCAUCCACCUGAUCACCAGCGUGUUCUAA